AACACCAAAUUAACAACCGUCAGCAGACCACUCGCUCUCACACCGAUCACUCGUGUGAAAAGCAGAGGUAAAGAAGAGGUGGGGAGCGUUGCUUGGUGGCCGCUAAUGGCGGCGCCGCUGCUCCCCUCCCUGCUCCUCUCGCUCCACAUCUCACUGCUGCUUCUGACCCCCUGCUCCUGCCGGGUCGGGGAUUCGUGCUCGUCGGCGCGCGACUGCGGCGUGGGCAUGUACUGCGGCAACUGCGCGGCCACCGACAGGACCCGGCCCUCCUGCAUCAGGGACCUCGCCAUCCAGCCCACCUCCAUUGUGAAGGGGCUGCCCUUCAACAGAUACACAUGGCUCGUCACCCACAACUCCUUCUCCAUUCUCGGGGAGCCGUCGCGCACCGGGGUCGAGAGGGUGACGUUCUACAAUCAGGAGGACUCUGUCACCAACCAAUUGAGGAAUGGUGUCAGGGGAUUGAUGCUUGAUAUGUAUGACUUCAAUGAGGAUGUCUGGCUGUGUCACUCAUUGCAAGGGCAAUGCUACAACUUCACCGCUUUUGAACCUGCAGUUGACACACUGAAAGAGGUGGAAGCGUUUCUCUCUGAGAAUCCCACAGAGAUUGUGACAAUAUUCAUCGAGGAUUAUGUCCGCUCACCAAUGGGAUUGAGCAAGGUCUUUACUGCUGCUGACUUGAUGAAGUACUGGUACCCUAUCUCAGAAAUGCCAACUAAUGGCAAGGACUGGCCAAGUGUCACAGAUAUGGUUGUAAAGAACCGCAGGUUGCUAGUGUUUACUUCUGAUGCUUCGAAGGAGGCCAGUGAAGGAAUAGCUUACCAAUGGAGCUACUUGCUGGAGAAUGAGUCUGGAGAUCCAGGGAUUGUGCCUGGCUCUUGUCCAAAUAGAAGGGAAUCACAGCCACUGAACUCGAGAUCUGCAUCUCUAUUUCUGCAAAAUUAUUUCCCCACAAUGCCUGUAGAGAAUGAAGCAUGUAAAGAGAAUUCUGUUGGGCUACCACAAAUGGUCCAAGCUUGUUAUGCUGCAACUGGAAAUAGAAUCCCCAACUUCAUAGCUGUGAAUUUCUACAUGCGAAGCGAUGGCGGUGGUGUUUUUGAUGUUCAAGACAGAAUCAAUGGCCUCACAUUAUGUGGUUGCAACACCAUUGCUGCUUGCCAGGCUGGGGCACCAAUGGGCUCAUGCAAGAACAUGGGGCCACCUAAUCGAACUUCCUCCUCCUCAUCUGUAAAUGGAAACGUCUAUUCAGGAACUAUAGAGUUCAAGACACAUCCCUCUGGUGGCAGCAGUACUUCCAUCCGGAGUAGUUUUGUUCUUUUGCUAAGUCUGUUGUUGACUUUAAAGCUGUUUUGAUCUUCCAGGCUUUAGUUUCCAGUUCUCUACGUUUUUUUUUCUAUAGAAGAAAUUAAUAUCGGCAUUUGUUGUCAGCUUGUUUCUCUGUUCGAAUGAUGUCUAGUAACUUGCUAGCUUUCUAGUCUAGAUUCAGAGUGUGAGUAGAUGAAAGUUGGCUCCAUGUUGCUAUAAGAAUGACAAUGCAAUUUAUGGUAGCAAUCUCACUUUGUUCUGUCCAAAGUAUUACGAAUCAGACGAGUAUUACAAAUCAGACGAUGAGUUGUGUUCCUCCUGGUUGGUGUCAAGUGUGAAUGUGUCAUCUUGAAAAGUUGUGUAAGGUACGGUUUGAAAUA